ACAUAGAAUAGACACAAAACUAAGAUACAAACAAUAAGAAAUACAGCCAUGCGUGUGGUAGGCAGCUUUAUCGAUGUGCUACGCCGGAUCCGACUAAAAUUAAACACGGCAAAGGCGCUCAAUGAUGCCACACUGAAGAAUCGCAGCCCCAAAACGGAAUUGCACUGCCCCAAAACUCACAUUAAGGGAGAGACUGGAACUGUCACUCCACCACGUGAAUGGCUGUGGACCAAACGCACCAAGAUCGAUGUGGAAUUCGAUAAGCUCUCCUCGUUGCCGGAACAGCAGCAGAAUGCUGUCUUCUGGCAGAACCUCAAGCGAGUGCUGUUGAUUUGCGGCGGACAGGAGAAGCCCGGGGAAUUGGAGGAUAAGUUCGUAAUGGAGGCCAGCGGCAAGAUAGUCGAAAUAAUGGAGGCCCAGCGAUUCGUUAAGGAUGUCUUUGCAGCCAUGGAUGUGCCGUUGGAUUCGGCCUCGGACAUGGCAGACUCUUUGAUUGCCGCCGACUACAUGGGCCACCGCAGCAUGGGCAUCCAUCGGCUGCCUUCGAUUGCAGCCGAUUUGCUCAACUCCACGAUAACGGCGAGUGCCACGCCGGAGAUUAUUAAGGAGAAGCCGUCCGUUGCUCUGGUGGAUGGCUGCAAUGCCCCCGGUCCGGUGGUGGGCAAAUUCUGUAUGGAUCUGGCUCUGCGCAAGGCUCGCACCGUGGGCAUUGGCUGGGUGGGCGCUCGGCACUCGAACUGCAUUGGCAUGGCCUCGUGGUAUGCCUGGCGGGCCUUGGAUCAGCGCAUGAUUGGUGUCUGCAUGUCGAAUGCAGCACCCACGCUGGUGCCCGCUGGCGGCAUUGAGGCAGUCCUCGGCGAGAAUCCCAUCGCCUGUGCUGCCUCCGGGGCAAAGGAGCAAUUCGUUGCGGACUUUGGCAUGUCCGCUGUCUCGGUGGCGGAUCUGGAGCUCUCCUACUGCAAUGGCAAUGCCAAGCAACUGCCGCCGCUGGCUGCAUUGGACUCUGAGGGCAGAGAGACGACAUUUACGGCCGAGGCACUGCGCUCCCAGCGACUGCGAGCCUUCCAGCCGGAGUACAAGGGAUUUGGUUUGGCUGCCAUGGUGGACAUUAUGUGUGGCGUCAUGACCGGUGCCCGCUAUGCCACACGACUGCAGCAGCGCGGUGUCUACAAUGCGGACAAUGCCCCCGCCAACUUGGGUCAGGUGUUCAUUGCCAUCGAUCCGAUGCGUUUCUGUGCCUCGUUUGAGGAUCGUCUGACUGACUUUCAUCGCCUGUUGCGCUCAGCCACGCCCUGCCAGAAGGAUCUGCCACCCCUGGUGCCUGGCGACAAGGAAUUUGCACACAUGCAGGCAGUCGACGAUCAGGGGGGUCUCUUCAUGUCACCCUGCACCUUGGGUGUGCUCAAAGAAUUGGCCGAACAAUUGAACAUCGAACCGCUGCAGAUGAAGCCAGUGGAAAAACGCGAAUAAUUGUUUCCCCACUUUAAAGAUACUU